AUGUCAAAUCCAAUAAGAAAUCUGACGGAUCGUACGCCUUUGGCUGAUCAUGAUGAUUCUUCAGAUUCCGCUUCAAGAAAUGAUCCAUUUGCUGAUGAUAAUUUAAUAAAUAAUUCAAAUGGUAGUGAUGAUUCAACAACUGAUUUAAUUCAAAAUUCAAAUUCUGCAUUAGAUUUACGUUAUUAUACUCAUCAACCAGGUUUUGCAGGCUCUUCAAACUAUUUAAAUCCAAAUCAAUUCAAUUCAUCUAGCCCAAUUCCUCCUCAUUCAAAAGCUGCUGCUCAUAUUUCUGUUAAUAGUAAUAUUCAAUCUCCAGGUGAAUUUGAUCGUUAUCCAAGUGUUGCAAAUUCUUCAACUAAUUUACCUGAUCAAAAACAAAAUUAUCAUAAAUCAACAGCUUCUUAUAAUUCUGAUUCUUCUUCUUCAAAUCCUUUUAUUUCUGAAGGUGAUUCAAAUCCUUUUGGUGGUUAUCCAGUUAGUGCUUUCCCAUUACAUAUUGAUGAAAAAGAAGCUGAUGAUUAUAUUCAUAAUCCUGAUCCAAUAAGUGAUGCUUAUGAUGAUAAACAUGCCUUUUUAAAUGACCUGAAAGCUAUGGAUAAAAGAUCCGCUGGUGGGUUAUUUGGUUUACUGUUUUUAUUCUUGGGUGCCAUUGCAUUAUUCGUUAUCUUACCAGCAUUAACUUAUUCAGGUGUUGUUGAUCAUGGUGAUGAUCAUACUGUUUAUGAAAUAUUGACAUUUUAUCAAUAUCCUCAAUUAUCUGCAAUUAGAACAAGUUUAGUUGAUCCUGAUACACCUGAUGAUGUUAAAACUAAAAAAUCAAGAGGUGGUCAAGAUUGGACUCUAGUAUUUUCUGAUGAAUUUGCUGCUGAAGGUAGAACUUUUUAUGAUGGUGAUGAUCAAUUUUGGAUGGGUCCUGAUAUUCAUUAUGAUGCUACAAAAGAUUUAGAAUGGUAUGAUCCAGAUGCUGCAACUACAUCUGAAGGUGCUUUAAGAUUAAGAAUGGAUGCUUUUGAGAAUCAUGGUUUAUUUUAUAGAUCAGGUAUGUUACAAAGUUGGAAUAAAAUGUGUUUUACUCAAGGUCAUAUAGAAGUUUCUUCAAUGUUACCAAAUUAUGGUAAUGUUAGUGGAUUAUGGCCAGGUAUUUGGACUUUAGGUAAUUUAGCAAGACCAGGAUAUUUGGCAAGUGCUGAAGCUGUUUGGCCUUAUAGUUAUAAUUCUUGUGAUGCAGGUAUUACACCAAAUCAAUCAUCUCAUGAUGGUAUUAGUUAUUUAAAAGGUCAAAAAUUAAAUGCUUGUACUUGUGAUGGUGAAGAUCAUCCAAAUCCAGGAACUGGUAGAGGUGCUCCUGAAUUAGAUAUUUUAGAAGGUUCAACUGAUACUACAUUGAAAACUGGUGUUGCUUCUCAAUCUUUACAAGUUGCUCCUUAUGAUAUUUGGUAUAUUCCAGAUUAUGAUUUUGUUGAAAUUCAUAAUACUUCAACUACAUGUAUGAAUACUUAUACUGGUGGUCCAUUUCAACAAGCUGUUUCAGGUAUUACAACUUUAAGUCCAAAAUGGAAUGAAUUUGGUAAUGAAGAAACAGGUCCUUCAUAUCAAACUUAUGCGUAUGAAUAUUUAAAUGAUCGUGAUGAUGGUUAUGUUACAUGGUUUGUUGGUGAUGGUGCAGCUUAUACAUUACAUUCACAUGCAUUACAUCCAAAUGGUAAUAUUGAUUGGAGACCUUUACCACAAGAACCAAUGUCAAUUAUUUUAAAUUUAGGUAUUUCAAAUAAUUGGGCUUAUAUUGAUUGGGCUUCAAUUAUGUUUCCAGUUACUCAUUCAAUUGAUUAUGUUCGUAUUUAUCAACCAUCAGAUCAAGUUUCUUUAACUUGUGAUCCAAAAGAUUAUCCAACUUAUGAUUAUAUUCAAAAUCAUUUAAAUGCUUAUAUGAAUGUUAAUUUAACAAAUUGGGAAGAUGCAGGUUAUUCAAUGCCAAAAAAUAUUUUAACAGGUAAUUGUAAAUCAUCAAAUUUUAAACAAUCAUCAUCAAGUUCUUAA